AUGGCCUCCAGAGGCAGCAGACGCAAGCCCCAGAGCAUUGCACUCAGCUUGGAGGGAAUCCAACAGAACCAGCGGAUGUGGCUGGUGAAGCUUCCUAAAUACCUGUCACAGCAGUGGUCUGAAGCUUCUGGAAGCGGUGAAGUAGGGAAGUUGCAGAUUGCCAAAAAUCAAGGAAAGUCUGAAAUCUCAUUUAUUUUGAAUAAGGAACUUACAGGCAUUCGGGGUACAGAUGGACAACCUGCCCCGGUCACUGUUCCCAGGGAGCAUCAGCUUGUCUUGCAGGGGGUCAGAGAGCAGGUCCUCACAGUGCUGACUGAGCAUGCACCAGAUCAGCUCUCCCUGGAAGGAACGGUGGUACAUCGGGGAGAAUGCAGACCUACUCUGAGUGAAAACUACAUGAGGCUGAAGAGAAAGCAAAUAGAGGAGGCUUCCAAACCUGCCAGAACCGUACAGAAACUGGAGAGGGUAGUCACGACCAAUUAUAAACCUGUUGCCAAUCAUCAGUACAAUAUUGAAUAUGAGAAGAAAAAGAAAGAAAGUGGAAAGAGAGUGAAGUCUGAUAAAGACCAAGUUUUAAGCUUGCUAUUUGCUGCCUUUGAGAAACACCAGUAUUAUAAAAUAAAGGACUUGGUUGACAUCACUAUGCAACCUGUGGUGUACCUGAAGGAAAUCUUGAAUGAAAUCGGUGUUCGUAAUUUAAAAGGGCCCCACAAAAACACAUGGGAGCUAAAAGCAGAGUACCGGUAUUAUCCGGCAGCAGCCAAGAAUGAGUGA